GAAUGAGUCGGUGCUGUAUCCGCACCAACUCUUCUGAGUGGGCUGUGAAGCAAACUUAACCGAAGCCCAUUAAUCAUAAGCACUCUCCUACUUUGCCCUAGAUAGUCUCAUCCCCUCUGCCUCUCCACUCUCCAAGGUAUUCGGCGUUACUGUCUUCUUUUCUCCGCUGCACCCAAAGUUAUUGGCUUAGAGGAUAAAUAAUAUUUGAGCCAACAAAAAUGGUACGGCCUUAUGCUAUGAAGGGGAAGAAGCGGAAGACGAGAGAGGAGAAAUAUGAUAGAGAAGAAGAUGAAGAAGUAGAAGUAGAAGAGAAAGAAUCAGCACAGCGAGGUUUUAUUGAAAAACCCCAAGGAGAAGCCCCAGAUGAAGAAGAGGAAGAAAACGAAUCCGGAGCACAUGAACUUGUGGGAAUCCCAAUUGCUCCCAGUGAUCAAAAUACCAAAAAAGCUGGGGUCAUUUUUGUUCUUGAGAAGGCUUCUUUGGAAGUUGCUAAAGUUGGAAAGAGUUUCCAACUCUUGAACUCGGAUGAUCAUGCCAAUUUCUUGCGGAAAAAUAAGAAGAAUCCUGCCGAUUACAGACCUGACAUUGCUCAUCAGGCUCUUCUAGCGAUUUUAGACAGCCCGAUUAAUAAGGCUGGGAGGUUGCAAGCUGUGUACGUUAAAACAGAGAAAGGUGUACUUUUUGAAGUUAAACCUCAUGUUCGAAUUCCAAGGACAUAUAAGCGGUUCUCCGGUAUCAUAUUGCAGCUGUUACAGCAACAUAAAAUAACUGCUGUUGGUAAGCGUGAGAGUCUUUUACGACUGAUAAAGAAUCCUGUAACACAGUAUUUUCCAGUCAACUCUCGCAAAAUAGGCUUCUCAUAUAGCUCAGAGAAAUUGGUUAAAAUGAGUAAAUAUGUGGAUGCUGUUGGUGAUGAUGUGAAUCUUGUUUUUAUGGUGGGUGCGAUGGCCCAUGGGAAAAUAGAGACAGAGUAUGUAGAUGAUUUUAUAGCGAUUUCUGGUUAUCCCCUAAGUGCUGCAAUGUGCAUUGCAAGGAUUACUGAAGCUUUGGCAGAAAAGUGGAAUAUAUUGUAAACCUUGUAUGUCUCCAUCUCAAUGGUAGUGCGACACCAAGAAAUUUUGGGUAAAAAUAUCAGAGUUCAGCUUAUUCAUUAUGUUGUACAUUUAUUUAUGUUUAAAAUACAGUAGUUCGAGGGAAUUUGCCUUUUGAUUUAGGUGAUAUGCUAGCCUUAUCAAUGUGAUUGCUUCUGUCCAUCAAUGGAGUUACCCGUUAAGAAAAUUUGUAAGAUGCAAGUAUUAAAGAUAAAUAGUUUGAUAGAAAUUUUAGGAUUGGCUUCU